AUGAAAGAGGGAGUGAUUAAGUUAGGAACCUUGGGAGCUUUUCACAAAAAGCAACGCAUCAUUAAAAGUGCUUUAAAUGGCAAGACUUAUGCUUACUACCAACAAAACCAGUCUAACAAUCAGACUCCGGGACUAAUGCAAACCUUAUUAAAUGCUACUUUACCGGCUUUGCUACAACACUUUACUGGUGGACAGCCAAUGCCUGCCGGUGGUAAUAAUAAUAGUAAUAGUCCUGAAGUCCAACUAAUGCUGACCCAAGUUUUAGCUCAACAGCAGUUAAUUAUUAACAACCAGCAAGAUUUAACCAGCCGAAUAGUAAACUUAGAAACUCGAGCUAGUCAACAAUUUACUGGUUUAGCUAAGCAAGUGCAAAAUCUCAGUUCAGUUCGUUUAACUCCGGAACGAGAACGCAAGCCAAUUGACUUUAAUCAGAAUUCAGACAAUUAUGGAAACUAA